GCUGACAGAGGCAGGCGGAGGAGGAGGCGGCGGCCUCCCUCCUGCUUUCCGCGGCCCUCCCGGGGAGAUGGGACGGAGCGGGGCCCGGCGCUGAGGGACGGACGGACGGGCGGACGGACGGACGGAAGGGCGGGGCUGCAGCGGAAGGGGCGGGGCGCAGGCUGAUCAUGCUUCUGCUCUCUGGCCGCUGAAGCUGGCGCGCCCCUCCGUCGCCAUGACCACCGGCGACUGCUGCCACCUCCCCGGCUCGCUGUGCGACUGCCCGGGCGGCGCCGCCUUGUCCAAGUCGGUGGAAGAUGCAGACCUUGGGCGGCCCCAGUACAUCACCCAAGUCACGGCCAAGGACGGCCGGCUGCUCUCAACUGUCAUCAAAGCCCUGGGGACGCAGAGCGAUGGCCCCAUCUGUCGGAUCUGCCACGAGGGUGGAAGCGGGGAGGGCCUCCUCUCGCCCUGCGACUGCACCGGCACCCUGGGGGCCGUGCACAAGAGCUGCCUGGAGAAGUGGCUCUCCUCCUCCAACACGAGCUACUGCGAGCUCUGCCACACGGAGUUCGUCGUGGAGCGGAGGCCCCGGCCCCUGACGGAGUGGCUGAAGGACCCCGGGCCUCGCAACGAGAAGCGGACGCUCUUCUGCGACAUGGUGUGUUUCCUCUUCAUCACCCCGCUGGCCGCCAUCUCGGGCUGGCUCUGCCUCCGGGGCGCUCAGGAUCACCUGCAGUUCAACAGCCGCCUGGAGGCCAUCGGCCUGAUCGCCCUGACCAUAGCACUUUUCACAAUCUAUGUCCUCUGGACGCUGGUGUCAUUCCGUUACCACUGUCAGCUGUACUCAGAGUGGCGAAGGACCAAUCAGAAAGUCCGCUUGAUGAUCCCGGACUCCCGGCACCCGCACCCCGUCCCGCACUCCCUGCUCUCCGCCAAGCUCCUCAAGAAGAAGGCCGACGAGACGACGGUAUGAGCCAGGGGCGGCCCUCCGUCGCUUGCGCCGGGCCGGGCGGGCGCCAUCCUCCCCUUGCCCAGGGCGAGAGCGGGGCAGCACUUUUCCCGCCGGGCGGCAGAGACGCUCCUGAACCGCCGAGGCGGCCGGAGAGGGGAGCGUGGCCGCCCGCGUGUCCCCUCCAGCCAGGACGUGGGAAAGACAACCAGGCUCCGGGCGUGUGCAAUCACCUGGGGCGGCGGCGCGCCCGGACGCGCCCGCCGGCCCAGCUCCGUCCUCGAGACAAGAGAUAACCAGGGGGCGGGAGAAGGACCCUUCUCCCCCCUGUAUCCUUAUAUCUUAGCUUCUAUUAUCAUAAUGAUUGUUGUAACUAUAAUUUUGUUCCCCUCCUUAAUUUCCGCCCCUGUUGCGUUUGGCUCCCGGGACGCCCCCACGGAAGAGGCCGGGCGGGUCGGCUCCACGGCCGUCGCCCCUCGUCCCUUUUGCUCGGUGGCACGUUUGCCGCUGGGGGGGGGAGUCUGUAUCCUUGCAGCCCCCGCCAGGGUUCCGAGAGCCUGCCGGCUCUGUCCACCGCUUGAAUACAGGCCGGCGGCGGGGCGAGCGGCAGGGCACCCCUGCGCGGGAGCGUUCACCCCGCGAAACGGAUAUCGCCAUUUUCGAAAGAAAUAUAUAGAUAUAUAUAUAUAUAGACAUCUUGCAAUGACUUUCUAAUGUGUAAGAAGCGUCGUGCGGAUCUGUCUCUCGUCUUGAUCUCAUUCUGGGAAUGAAUUGGUGCUCUUAACAAAGAUUUGGAGGGGCAGGGGAGGUUGCCUCCCCUUUUGCACCCCCUCUUCCCCCCCCCCCCGCCCAGCGUCUCUCUAACCCCACCCCCACCCUGGUCUGUUUUUUUGCACUACAUAGAUUUUUUGGGGGGGGCCCUGGGAGAAGUCCAGUUCCCCUCUUUGUCUCCCCCCCCCCCACGCCCCUCAUUUUGUCAGUGGUUGUUUC